UCCAUCAAUUAAGGUGUCAUUUGUACAAAAAUUUACCCAAAAAAUGUCAGCAAAUUGGCCACAAAAAUUUACCCAAAAAAAAUAAAAGAAAAAGAAAAUCAGUAAGGGUGAAAAGCAAGCCGUAUAGUAGAUGAAGAAGAAGAAGAAGAAGUGUUGUCUAAAAGGGAUGUAUUGUAUAGGAGGAGGAUUGAUACGGUGUUUUGUCCUUUAAUCAGGGAAAGGUCAGAAACAGAGUAAAGCGAAAUAUAAAAAUGAAUAUAAGUUCCCACCUAAAGAUUCCCGACAGCACAAUCUAAUGGAUUCGUCCCUCCCUCCUUUUCAAUUUAAUGGUUUCAACUCAUGCCCCCAUCUACCACUUCUCCCUUCUCAACAAAUUUCAGUCUUUUCUAUCUAUUUUCUCUUGUUGCAUUUUCGUUUGGCUAAACCAUGGCUGAGUUCCCUUCUACACCUCCAUCUCCAACCCCUUCUUCAUCUUCCUCUUCUACCACAACCUCUUGUUGUUUAAAUAGUCAUGUGAUUCAUGUAUUAGCUGUUGAUGAUUGCUUGGUUGACCGUAAAAUCGUUGAGAAAUUACUCAAAACUGCCAAAUUUAAGGUUACUACUGUUGCAACCGGAAAAAAAGCAUUGGAAGUUCUAGGCUUGAACGAAGCUAAAGUUGAAACUCCUCUUAAUGAACAAAAUAUUGAUAUAAUCUUUACUGAUUAUUGUAUGCCUGAGAUGAAUGGUUAUGAUCUUCUCAAGGUUGUCAAGGAGCACAGCCAUCUAAAAUCUAUCCCCGUGGUGAUAAUGUCAUCGGAACAUGAUCCCGAAAGAAUCAGCAGAUGUCUUGCAACAGGAGCUGAGGAAUUCAUGAGCAAACCCUUGCAGCUAAGAGAUAUACAAAGACUGAGAAGCUAUGUAACACCUGUACAACAUAUAACCAAAACAGGCACAAAAAGAAAACUUCCCCUCGACCUGAUACCAGAGAACAAUGGAUCUGAAAGGCGACCUUGUAUUGCAGGAGUUGCUGUUGCAUGAUAACCCAAAUUACAUUCCAACUUCUUUUUCUUAAAUAUAAAUAAGUUACUUCUGUGUUCCUUGUCUGUUGUCCUUUUUUCUGUGUUUUUGAAGUUGAGCAUUGUAUACGCCGCUGUAGAGGAUCAUGAUAUGUGUAAUUUACUUUCCAGUGUAAUCUUUAGUUUUUCAAGUGAUCGGUUUUUGCUUUAAUGGUGUCGUUAUGGAAUGUAAUUUGUGUGUUGUUUACUAUCGUAUGAGUCCAUCUCUGGAAA